AUGCCCGCUUUUCUCGACAUGAUGGCGAACCCCCCGUCGCGCGUCAACCAAAAAGCGCGAUUCUUCGACAAGAAACAAGCCCACUUUGAAGUGGAGUCAGUGCACACGUCCGACAAGCCCCCUCCCGACAAGGAUCAGAAGAAUGCUGCUCCGACAUUCGAUACGCUGCCGUCUACCGCAGUAACACAAGAACUAAUAGGAUCCUUCGCUUCCUAUCUCUUCGAGAGCGUCAAGUACAACACAGCAGUGACUCGCUUGGGUAGUCUGCGUCGUCAACUAGAGGAGAAGUACAAGACUGACAUCUUUUCAGGAUCCAACUGCCGUGGACCCGUACACAUGUUCGAACCGAUUGUUUCCCCAGAUAAUGGGGUGGCGCACAUCAACGCUGUGCUCACUGGUGUGGCUGGAGAGCUACAACCCGGAGCGAUAACGGAUGCACUCAAGUCACACUCAAGUCGCCGUGGGGCAGCUACCGUAGCUUCGGCUACUCGAGGCGUUGGCCUUCACGAUAUUGCGAGCCGUGGUCACUGGGCAAGCGCUUCCAGCAGCUCAAAGACCGUGUUUACCUACAUUGACGCUACUGCUGCUAGUGACCUCUUGGUUGCUGGUGUUUUAGCGGGGUGGAAGGACAUUGAUCACGAUGUAAUUCACCCUACUCUUGACGACACUGCGGAUAGAAUCACGGGUGUUGAUUUGAGAGAAAACCAGAAACGUUUUGCAGUGGCUCUGUUUGAGACGUUUAUUACUCGUUUAAAGACGAAGCGUUUGGUGUACUCGCUGGCUGCAGUGGUAAUCUUGUACUACCACGACACUUCAUUGGUUUUCCCGGACCAUACACUUCACUCUCGAAUGAAAACGGCAGUACGAGUUGCGAUUCCCGAGCUACCAGACGGAGAGGAAGGGCCAGUGCCAUUAAAGUGGAGCUUGGAAAUGCGCAAGGAGUUCAUUUGUGCAAACGCCGUUGGUCUUCCCCCGGAUGUGGUUCAAGGAAAACGCACAGAAGAUGAAAAGGCAGCUAGCACAGUCAGUAUCAACACUUUCAAGGGCACGCUUGAAAAACUACUUUCGACUAAUCAGCUCAUCCUCAAGUCGCUGCAGGAAGUGGAGUGUGCGCAGUCCGCCCUUCUAGUCCGCAUGGGAAAGUUGGAGCGAAGCAUGGAGAAACUCAGCCUAACGAAAUCACCAGCACCUCCGAAAAAGGCUAGUGUCCAAAUGCCUCUCAAAUGGUAUGCCUCGAUGUCUAUUCCAAACGACAAGCAAGGGUCAUCACAACGAGAGUGCCGCCGAGCAAUUGAGAUUGCCCUGAACCACGUCCAGCCCGACGAACGGCCUGUUCCGCUUGAGAGCAUGAAAACAGACGAACAACGAAGCGCUUGGAACGAGAACGCCCGCGCACUGGCUGAUCGAGUGACCGAACGGGUGUCUUCCAUCUUGGUUGCGAGUGCAGCCAAGACAGAUGAGGAAGGACAACCGGCAAAAACGCCGAAACUCAAGGUUCAUGUCAGUGCGAUAGUCCGUGAGUACUAUCAGCAAAACAGCAAGCGUGACCACAAGCGCAAGAAGGGACACAACAGUUCGUGA